CGGAAGUGAGGCGUGUUAGUUAGCUGGUAGACGAUUACUCGAUUAAUCGGAAAAUUCUUCAUUUCAUAAGUUAAAGCAGCACUGGCAAACAUUUGUGUAGAAAACCAAAAUACCAAAUUUAGUCAAUUGAUAAUUAACAAUUUAGGAAAUAUCAGAAAAUAUAGUGAUUAUCCUUACUUUUGAACUGAAAUAACUGCAAAGAAAAAAUGCAGAAAAGUACUCAUCCCAUCGAAUUUAAAUUAUGGCUGCAAGAAAAGUUGAAGGAGCUUAACACCGAUUCAGACAUCUUCGGCUCAUACAUAAUGGGAAUUCUUGAUACUGACGAGACAACAGAUGAAAAGCGGGAAGGGCUCAAUGAUAUACUAAGUGAAAUCAUUACCGAUGAUCUUGAUUCAGUCAUAACCCUCAUACUCGAAAAAUGGGAAGAAGCUCAUCCUAAAGAAGAAGAUAAAAAGCUGGUGCACAUCGAUGUAAAUGAGCAGUUAGCCAAAUUACUAGAGGCACAAAAGUUGCGAACGACUGUGAAAGAGCGCGAAUAUACCGAAGAAGAAAAGCGAAUUCGUGAACAAAUAUUGGCACAAUAUUCCCAGACAGAGAUUGAAGAUGAGGAUGCAUAUGACUCAGAAGAGGAGCCCGACGGGUCGAUUGCUGCCACAUCAUUAACUGGAAUUGAACGUAAUACGAAUGCACAAGAUGUGCUGGCACUGCAAAAAGAAAAACGGGAGCAGGCACGUUUAGGAAGUGCUGCAAAGAAACAGAAAGAUAAAGAGGAUCGAGAGCGGCAAAAACAAUUGCGCGAAGAAAAAAAAGAAAAACGAAAAACAGUUAAAGGAGAGCGACGGCGGUAGUUAAUAUUUUCCAAUGAAAUAUGAAUACUUUUGGAUGUCAUUAUAAUUCUUUCAUGGAAUGCAGCAGCACUCGUUUAAUAGGCUUGAAAAAUUAAUUUUGUUUUAAGAAUGUUGAUGAUUAGUGUAACACUAAAAUGAGCCAUAAAGCUUCAUGUUGUUAGGUAUGUAAAUGUUCGGGCCUUUAUUUCACUCUACUGGCAUACUGACUACAUUAUGUAUCAUACAGACCUUUGAAGUCGAACAAAAUAAAACAGUGGGCGUGGUCUGCUCUGUCUUCCUGAUUUUAAUG